CCUAAAUAGAAUGAGUUUUGACCGAUUCAUACGCUGGGUUGUUACAUUUACAGGCUGAACCAGCAAGCUUUCUCAUUACCUUACGCCAAUUUGGCGGGAAAUGCGACGUAACCGCCUACUAUAAAGACAGUUGCAAGCACUUUUUCUAGCGGUGUUUUAUUGCUAAAGCGUUUAGGAGGACUAGUGUUGCUGUGACAGGUCUUCCUUUGAUUUUGCUGGUUUCCCCUCAGUUGUGCUCUUCGCAUUUCCGUGCAUCAAGGCGCUGUAAGCCGGCUUCCAAGAUGUUGGUGUCCAACACCCCGAAUAGAAACUACGAUUAUGACUAUGACUCUGUACAACACUACUUCUACUGCGAAGACGACGAAGAGAAUUUUUAUCAGCAGAGUCAGCUACAACUCCCGGCUCCAAGUGAGGACAUAUGGAAGAAAUUUGAGUUGCUACCCACUCCCCCUCUGUCUCCGAGUCGCAGGUCGAGUUUGAACCCUUAUCCAUCCAUUACGGAUCAGCUGGAGAUGAUGACAGAAUUCCUAGGAGGCGAUGUGAUGAAUCAAAGCUUCAUUUUUGAUCAUUAUGAAGAUGACUACUGUGCUAAUCCCAUAAAGCAAGAUUGUAUGUGGAGCAGUUUCUCUGCUGCCUCCAAGCUGGAAAAAGUAGUAUCGGAGAAGCUCGCCUCCAUACAAGCAGCCAGGAAAGAGUUGGCAGCUGUUGCCACGCCAGCGCCCGAAAGCUCCAAUAUAUGCUGUUUGCAAGAUCUCUGCCCCAGCACUCCCUCUGCCUCCGAGUGCGUCGACCCAUCAGUAGUUUUCCCUUUUCCACUAAGUGACUCAGCUGCUCUGAAGCCACACAGCAAUACACCUGCACUGGCCAGAUGCCCAGUACCAUCCAUGGAACUGGACUCUCCACCUAAUACCAGCAGCAGCAGCGAUUCUGAAGAUGAAGAACAUGAAGAUGAUGAGGACGAGGAGGAGGAGGAGGAAGAAGAGGAUGAUGAAGAAAUAGAUGUUGUAACAGUUGAAAAAAGGAAUUUGACAGGAAAAAAGUCAGACCCCGUUGCAAAUAUUGCUGUGAUUGUAAAAUCCCACAACAGUCCAUUGGUCCUUAAACGGUGUCAGGUUCCAUUCCAGCAGCACAAUUACGCUGCAUCUCCCUCUACUAAGACUGAGUACACAGUAAAGAGGAUGAAAGCACAUAACAGUAGUAGGGUCUUAAAACCAAUAAACAAUAAUAGAAAAUGUAUUAGCCCGAGGACAUCAUCAGACUCUGAAGAAAAUGAUAAGAGGCGGACACAUAAUGUCUUAGAACGCCAAAGGAGAAAUGAACUAAAAUUAAGCUUCUUCGCACUGCGUGACCAGAUUCCAGAUCUGGCAAACAAUGAAAAAGCUGCUAAAGUUGUGAUCCUUAAAAAAGCUACAGAAUAUGUUAUAGCAGUUCAAAAAGAUGAACAAAGAUUACAUGCAGAAAAGGAGCAGUUGAAGAGGAGGAAAGAACAUUUAAAGCAAAGACUUGAGCAGUUGAAAAGCUGGUGUAAAUCAUCUUAACCAGAAAACAGACACUUUGUUGUUUUAGAUAGCAAAUAUGGUGGUGUACUACAGUAAAGGACUACACUGAAACAUGCUCUUAUGGACAGACUUGAAACUACACAACCUUGGUUUGAAAUCUACAGCAUGUUGGAUUUCUUCCUGCACCUUGAAACUGCCUCAACGGAAAACUAAUUUUUAUGCUUUGUUUUUGGCACAUUAGUAUAUGAUUUAUUUGUAUUUAAACAAUUUAUUUUUUCUUAUAAAAAUGAAAAAUCAUAAAAUUGUGCAUUUUAUAUAGGUUUUUGAUCUUUUUUAAUGUACAUAAAUCCUUUAUAUGAAAACA